GCAUAACAGUGCACAACAGCCCAUUCUACGAGAACCCAGAUACCUAUCACCAGACCCAAUCGUACCCAUGGCAUCCACAACGGCCGCCAUCGAGAAAGAAGAACGCCUCAAAUCCGCCCUCUGGUACGCCCUCGGCCAAUACAUUGACGAAAUCUCCCUGCAAAAGGACCUCCAAGCAACCCCGCAAUUCAUCGGCGCCCUUACGGAGCUCGUCUGGACGCAGAUCGCAAACACGGCGCGGGACCUUGAGACGUUCGCCAAGCAUGCUGGGAGGAGUGUGAUUCGGGAAGACGAUGUGAUGCUGUUGGCGAGGAGAAAUGAGGAGUUGGAGGAGAUGUUGAGGAGGAGGUUGGAGGAGAUUAGGGCGGAGGAGGGCAGGGAGGGUGGAGUAAGUGGGGAGAGGAGAGCGAGUAGGGGAGGAGCCGUGGCAGGAAGGGGAAGGGGAAGGGGGAGGGGGAGGGGGAGGGGGAAGUAG